CCCCCCCACCUCCCACCCUUACCCGCCCCCCAGUAGACAAAGGGCCCGGGCAAUCUCUCCGCCUGGAAGCUUUGCGCUCCGGGGAGGCGGCUGCGCCCAGGGUGAAUCGCAAGGAGGCGCGUGGGGCUGGGAGCCGCUGGCGGCCGCGAGGUAUGGGGACCGGCUGCGAGAUGAGCCUGACUCUGACUCAUGUCUGCUGCUGCUGUCUCCUCUACCAGCUGGGGGUCUUGUCGAAUGGUAUCGUUUCAGGGCUGCACUUCGCCCCAGACCACGCGGAGUGGGAAGUCGUGUUCCCAGCACUCUGGCGCCGGGAGCCGGUGGACACAGCUGGUGGAAGCGGAGGCAGCUCGGAUCCAGGCGGGGCGCGCGGCUUUGGAGGCGGUCGGGCACAGGCUGCGGGCAGCUCCCGGGAGGUGCGCUCAGUGGGCCCCGCGCCUUUAGAGGAGCCCCUGGAGGGUCAUUCUGCUCCCCAGACCCUGCCCCCGCGACUGUCAGGGGUAGAAGAAGACGAGGAACUCGAAUCACAGGAGCUGCCUAAGGGAUCCAACGGGGCUGCCGCCCAGGACCUUGGUGCUCCCACCUCCUGGCAACAGCUGCCAAACCCGCAGCCUCCUCCGUCUCCACCCCCAGUGGAGCAAGCUGGGCAGGAUGGCGACGAGAUGCUACUGCGGAUCCCGGCCUUCUCCAGGGACCUGUACCUGCUCCUCAGGAGAGAUGGCCGGUUCCUGGCGCAGCGCUUUGCAGUGGAGCAGUGGCCAAGUCCUGGCCCACACCCAACUCAGGCAUCAGAGUUCCCAAUCCCUCCUACUCUGCCGGACACCUCCUGCUUCUACACCGGGGCAGUACUGGGGCACCCCAACUCUCUGGCCUCUUUCAGCACCUGUGGAGGUGGCCUGAUGGGAUUUAUACAGCUCAAGGAGGACUUCAUAUUUAUCGAGCCACUCAAUGAUAGUGUGGCCAUAACAGGUCACCCACACCGUGUAUAUAGGCAGAAAAGGUCCAUGGAGGAAAAAGUCACAGAGAAGUCAGCUCCUCACAAUCGUUACUGUGGUGUAAUUUCAGAUAAAGGAAGACCUAGAUCUAAAAAACUAACAGAGAGUGGAAGAGGGAAACGGCAUUCGUACAAAUUACCCCAAGAAUACAACAUAGAGACUGUAGUGGUUGCAGACGCAGCAAUGGUUUCCUAUCAUGGAGCAGAUGCAGCCAGGAGAUUCAUUCUAACCAUCUUAAAUAUGGUUUUUAACCUUUUUCAACACAAGAGUCUUGGUGUGCAGGUCAAUCUCUGUGUGAUAAAGCUUAUUCUGCUCCACGAAACUCCAGCAGAUCUAUACAUCGGGCACCAUGGGGAGAAAAUGCUAGAGAGUUUCUGCAAAUGGCAACAUGAAGAAUUUGGCAAAAAGAAUGACAUUCAUGUAGAAAUGUCUACAAGCUGGGGUGAAGAUAUGACUUCAGUGGAUGCAGCUAUCCUUAUAACAAGGAAAGAUUUCUGUGUACACAAAGAUGAACCAUGUGAUACAGUUGGAAUAGCUUACCUGAGUGGAAUGUGUAGUGAAAAGAGAAAAUGUAUUAUUGCUGAAGACAAUGGCCUGAAUCUUGCAUUUACAAUUGCCCAUGAAAUGGGUCAUAACAUGGGCAUUAAUCAUGACAAUGACCACCCAUCAUGUGCUGACGGUCUUCAUAUUAUGUCUGGUGAAUGGAUUAAAGGACAAAAUCUUGGGGAUGUAUCAUGGUCCCAAUGCAGCAAGGACGAUUUGGAGAGAUUUCUCAGGUCAAAGGCCAGUAACUGCUUGUUACAGACAAAUCCUCAGAGUGUCAAUUCUGUGAUGGUCCCCUCCAAGUUGCCAGGGAUGACAUAUACUGCUAAUGAACAAUGUCAGAUUCUCUUUGGGCCACUGGCUUCCUUUUGUCAAGAAAUGCAGCAUGUUAUUUGUACUGGGCUGUGGUGCAAGGUAGAAGGUGAGAAAGAAUGCAAAACAAAACUAGAUCCACCAAUGGAUGGAACUGACUGUGAUGCUGGUAAGUGGUGUAAGGCUGGAGAAUGUAGCAGCAGAACCUCAGCACCUGGACAUGUGGCUGGAGAAUGGAGCCUUUGGAGUCCCUGUAGCCGCACCUGCAGUUCUGGGAUCAGCAGUCGGGAGCGCCAAUGUCCUGGGCUAGGUUCUGAAGCAAGGGAUUGUAAUGGUCCCAGGAAACAAUACAGAAUAUGUGAGAAUCCACCUUGUCCUGCAGGUUUGCCUGGAUUCAGAGACUGGCAAUGUCAGGCCUAUAGUGUUAGAACUUCAUAUUCAAAACAUGCACUUCAGUGGCAAGCUGUCAUGGAUGAAGAAAAGCCAUGUGCCUUGUUUUGUUCCCCUGUUGGAAAAGAUCAACCUGUUCUUCUAUCAGAAAAAGUGAUGGAUGGAACUUCUUGUGGAUCACAGGGGUCAGAUAUCUGUGCAAAUGGCAGGUGCCAGAAAGUUGGCUGUGAUGGCUUACUAGGAUCUCUUGCAAGGGAAGACCACUGUGGUGUGUGCAAUGGCAAUGGAAAAUCAUGCAAAAUCAUUAAAGGAGACUUUAAUCACACUAGAGGAACAGGUUAUGUGGAAGUGUUGGUGAUACCUGCUGGAGCAAGAAGAAUCAAAGUUGUGGAGGAAAAGCCAGCACAUAGCUAUUUAGUUCUACGAGACACUGGAAAGCAGUCUAUUAAUAGUGACUGGAAAAUUGAACACUCUGGAGCUUUCAGCUUAGCGGGAACCACUGUCCACUAUGUAAGACGGGGCCUCUGGGAGAAGAUCUCCGCCAAGGGUCCUACUACAUCACCUUUGCACCUCUUGGUACUACUGUUUCAAGACCAGUCCUAUGGUCUGCAUUAUGAAUACACCAUCCCUUCAGAUCCUCUUCCAGAGAAUCAGAGCUCUAGAGCACCAGAACCACUUUUUAUGUGGACACACACGGGCUGGGAAGAUUGUGAUGCCACAUGUGGUGGAGGAGAAAGGAAGACAACUGUGUCAUGCACGAAAAUCAUGAACAAAAAUAUUAGCGUUGUAGACAACAAGAAAUGCAAAUACUUAACAAAGCCAGAACCACAGAUUCGAAAGUGCAAUGAGCAACCAUGCCAAACAAGGUGGAUGAUGACAGAAUGGACCCCAUGUUCACGAACUUGUGGAAAAGGGGUGCAGAGCAGACAAGUAGCCUGCACCCAGCAGCUAAGCAAUGGAACUUUGACUAGGGCACGGGAGAGGGACUGUGCUGGGCCCAGGCCUGCCUCUAGCCAGCGCUGCGAGGGCCAGGAUUGCAUGACUGUGUGGGAGGCCGGAGUGUGGUCUGAGUGUUCAGUCAAAUGUGGCAAAGGUGUGCGCCAUCGGACUGUGAGGUGUACUAACCCCAGAAAGAAAUGUGUCCUCUCCACCCAACCCAGGGAAGCAGAGGACUGUGAAGACUACUCGAAAUGCUAUGUGUGGCGAAUGGGUGACUGGUCCAAAUGCUCAAUUACCUGUGGCAAAGGAAUGCAGUCCCGUGUUAUCCAGUGCAUGCAUAAGAUCACAGGAAGACAUGGAAAUGAAUGUUUUUCUUCAGAAAAACCUGCAGCAUAUAGGCCAUGCCACCUUCAGCCUUGCAAUGAGAAGAUUAAUGUAAAUACAAUAACAUCACCCAGGCUGGCUGCUCUGACUUUCAAGUGUCUGGGAGAUCAGUGGCCAGUAUACUGCAGAGUGAUACGUGAGAAGAACCUAUGUCAGGACAUGCGGUGGUACCAACGUUGCUGCGAGACAUGCAGGGACUUCUAUGCCCAAAAACUGCAGCAGAAGAGUUGACCUCUAGCAGGCUGGGUGGCUCACAGAGCUUUGCAAUUCCAUUAUUUAUAAACACACACACUAGCAUGUUUUCAGACUAAGUAUCAGAUUACAUAUAAUUUAAUCAAAUUAAUUUAUUUUCUUGCCUCAUAAACAUUCAGUAUAAUUUUUGGUUAUACAUUUUGUUUUACAUUAUAUGACUUCAUAAAUAACUUUAUAUAAAUACAAUGGAUCAGGUUUCUAGGGCAGGGAAAAAGUUAUUAGGUAUAAGACUUUCUGAAUUAAAGUGAUCUCUAAGGUGCUAUUCUCUCUAUAAAUACCAUUGAAUUUUUCAGAGUACAUACUAAGUUGGAAUAAUAACUUAGUUAUAUAUGGAGAGAAAUAUUUUGUGGUGCCCUAAGGCAGAAUUAGCCCAUUUUCUGUAGUCUGUGGAAGAUAUGUAAACAUAAUAAACCUCAUAAUGCUAAACAAGAUUUUUAGAGAAUGUACUAGGAAGCUGGCUCAGAUUUAGAGAAAUCCAUAGAAAAAAUUCUACUGUAAUUGUAGCCUUAUCUUAAUAAUGGAAAACAAAAGUCCGAAGAGAGACUUUGAUCAUGUUCAUGAACAUGUACUUGAACACAAGUAGCAAUGAAACACUGUAAUGAUUUACACUGAAUUACCAUUGCACUGUUGGUAUAGUGUAGAAAAACUGUUAUAGAAAUGAUAACAUCCUACAAAAGUGUGUAUUAUUUUAACAUGUCAUUAGAUUUUUAGUAUUUUUUUAAUAAUUUGAACAAAGAGAACAUUGGUCCACUCUUUUCCUUGUGCUUUUUUAGCAAAUUUUACAAGAAUAUAAAACUUAACCUCACACAUCAUAAUGAGAAAAAUUUACAACGUAUUUUGCAGCUACUUCCCUGGAAACAAAGGGAAGAGGUUAAUAAUACUGUGGUAGUUUCAUUUUUUUAUUAUUGUUUCCUUUUAACAAUCACAAAGUUUUACAACUCUGUGAAAUGUUUCUUUAAAAAAAUAGCUUAAUUAUUUUUUCCUUGUGAGAAAAUACUGUACAUGAUUCACAUGAUUUCCUAGGUUUUUCAAUAAAAUAUGUAAAACUUCCUAUUGGGAGAAGCUUC